AGAUGCACAACCUGCAGGAGAUGAGGAGGAGCGCCUCCCUGGCCACCAAGGUCUUCAUACAGAGGGACUACAGCGAAGGAACCAUGUGUCAGUUCCAGACCAAGUUCCCACCAGAGCUGGACAGUCGGAUUGAGAAGCAACUGUUUGAGGAGACAGUGAAGACUCUGAAUAUGUACUACAUAGAAGCGGAGAAGAUCGGAGGCAGCUCUUAUCUAGAGGGAUGCCUGGCUUGUGCUACAGCGUAUUUCAUCUUCCUGUGCAUGGAGACACACUAUGAGAAGGUUUUGAAGAAAAUCUCAAAAUACAUCCAAGAGCAAAAUGAGAAGAUCUACGCUCCCCGAGGUCUCCUAAUCACUGAUCCCGUAGAACGAGGAAUGCGUGUCAUCGAGAUCUCCAUCUAUGAAGACCGAUGCAGUAGCGGCAGCAGCAGCAGUGGGAGCUCCAGCAGCACCAGCAGCGCCGGCGGCGGCGGAGUAGCCAGUCGUGCCCGAUGA